AUGACCGAUCAAAUGGCGAGGAAAUUUACUACAAAAUCUAAGUCUUGCAGAUGGCCUCUCCAAGUUUUUUUCAAUAUCCUUGAUUUAGCUGGCAUAAAUGCCUGGAUUUUGUACAAGCAAACGACAGGAGAAAAUAUCUCGAGACAAGAUUUUUUACUCAAGCUAGCAGAAGAACUUGGCGCCGAUUUUCGAGAAGCCCGUGAACAACCAAAACAAGAAACAAAUACGAAAGGAUCGUUGCCUAAGUCUACUACAGAUGCUUAUAAACGUAUGAGAUGUCAAAUAGGAUACUAUUAUCAGUUCCCGAUAGACGUCUCUGGCGUAGCCAAGGACCACCCCUUCCUCGAGGCUGAUUCCCUGCAGAGUUUAUUCAGACGAUUGCACGCUUUGAAUCGGUGCGCCAACAUGAAGAUCGACACGCAUCACACGCAUACCACCAGCCAUAGCAAAACCGGUGGCGGCGGGGGCGGCGAUGAUUCGGAUGAAGAUACACAGUGCGCACUCAGCGAGAAUUGGACCUUCGAGAAGAAGACCAGGCGUUGGUCGCGUGUGUGCGACGUGACGCAGGCGAACGUCGAGAGGUUGCAGGCAAUCGCCGCGCAGAACGUGCAGUCCGAGGAGGACUCGCUGGAGGAUCGUCUGGAGGCCGAGGAGGCCGAGGACACGAUGCUGGACACUCUACGAUACAGCAGCCUGCCACCCGGAACACUACCCGAUGAGAUCAGUCCCAGAUUUCGAAGAACCGGCUCCGAGAGACUGCGGGACGGUGCGAAGGCUUUCCUCAGGCGAGUCGAGUCGCUCAAGUCCCGGCGACGGAAGCAUCAGAAUCGGGACGGUAUCGUCAUCAGCGGCCCACAGAUACUAGACGUGUUAUCGAUGCAGCAGAAGAUGAAGGAGCUGAACUGCGUGGACGUGUCUCCUACUGGGCCAGCGCCUGUAUCUUUUAACGAUCUCUCGGUGUCGCCGCUCCACGUGCCUGGCUCGCCUGUCACGUUACCAGCGUCACCCUAUCACCUACCACCCUCACCGUUGACCAACGCGCCAAGUCCGUUCGGCGAUGAUUCCUCGAGUUAUUGUUCGGACGGCUCGCAAGGGGGUGGCCCGACACCGACGCCAACCCGCACGAAGAUGAAUCGGGCGAGAAGGUUCCUGCAUCGGGGCCGGGAGGACCAAGGUGCGUUAAGCGACUCCGAGUGCCAGCCGACCAGUUGGCGUCACAGGUACUUCAGAGAUGCAAACAGUAACCACACCAAGGUGUUGGAGUACGUGACCGCACAUCCCCAAAGCCCGAAGGAGUCGCCGACCAAAAACGCCCCGAUAAAUACACGCGGUGGUAGCCUGAAUCUCGGCAAGGAGUCGCAGAGGUACAGGGACAAACUGACGCAGAGUCAGGACAGGUACAAGGAGGACAAGGUGGCCGCGCUGAAACGGGAGGACAAGAUGCACAAGAGCUUCAGGCAUCGGGACGACGCGUACAGGGAAGGGAAACCUUUGUCCAAAGAGGUGACCGUUUACAGAGAGAAAUCAAGGUCCAGGAGUUCCGAACUGGCCGGUAGUCAGGAGAGCAGUUCCACGGUGGCCAGUCGUGACUCGGACCAGGAAGAGGAUUCCCCCAGGCACAAGGGCACCGUGGUUAGGUGGCACAGCUUCCAGAGAGGAUCUCUAUACCCGGACCCUCUGGAUCCACUGUGUCCUCGAGCUAUGGCCUCGAUGUCCUGCGGGCAAUUGUUGGUCCUGAGGAAACUGGCCCUGCUGAAAUUGACCGCUUGCAUGGAACGAUACUGCCCAACGCAUCGCACCGGAUGGAACUGGGAGCUACCGAAGUUCAUCAGGAAAAUCAAAACACCCGAUUACAAGGACAAAACAGUAUUCGGUGUACCGUUGCUGCUGUCCUUGCAGAGAACCGGACAGGCCUUACCAAAGUGUAUUCAGAUCGAGGAUACAGAAAUUGAAAAUGAUGACGGAGACCCUCGGGGAUAA